AUGAUAAACAAAACAGCUAAUGAAUUAGAACGAGAACAAAACAGUGAUGGACACGACCAGUGGACCACGAGUGUCAUAAUUUUUCAGACCUACACAAACCAGAGUGCUGUUCCCAUUGAAGCAAAGUAUGUCUUUCCACUGGAGGAGACGGCAGCAGUGUGUGGAUUUGAAGCCUUUAUCAAUGGAAAACACGUCAUUGGAAAGGUAAAGGAAAAAGAGCAGGCUCGUAAGGAGUACAAGCAAGCCAUAGAGAAAGGCCAUGGAGCCUACCUGAUGGACCAGGAUGCACCUGAUGUAUUUACUAUCAGUGUGGGGAAUCUUCCUCCUGGAGCCACAGUUCUGAUCAAGGUGACGUUCAUCACUGAGCUGCUGGUCAGAUCAGGCUCUAUAAUCUUCUCACUGUCUGGCAGCGUGGCACCAUGGCAACAGAGCGCCGCCCUUAAUCAGACAACUCAGACAACUGUUGAAAAGAUUGGUGUGACGGAGCUUCAGUCAGAGGGGGAGUUUUCUCUGUCCAUGUCCAUUGAAAUGCCUUAUGAGAUCAUAAACUUGAGCUCUUCACACCGCAUCAAAACCAAGAGGACAGACUGUAAGGCAGUGAUCAGCACGUUACCGGGACAGACUCUGGGAUCUGAAGGGUUACAUGUGUCCUUCAGUCUUUCUAAUAUCCACAUGCCCAGGAUGUGGGUCGAGAACCAUCCGGAUAAAGAUAGUCAGGCCUGCAUGCUGGUGUUUUAUCCAGACUUUAAGUCAAGCGGGGUGUCCAGCUCUGGAGGUCCGUCCAGUGUGAGCGAUGUGGUCAUUCUACUGGACUCCUCCAAGUCCAUGCGGGGAGACGCCAUGCUAAACGCCCGCAGGAUUGCCCUUCAAGUCCUCAAAUCUCUGGACCGCUCACUGAAGAUCAACAUCAUCUCUUUCAGCACUGGUUAG